GUCUGUCCCACUCACUCCACACGGCAAGGCAGGAGCUGCUGUCUCGCUUAUCCUACCUGGUGCAGACGAAACAAAUUCCGAAUACGUCGGCAUCGAAAUAACAACACAUAACUUUGCAAGCCGCUGUAUACGGGUUCCGUUUCCUCUGUUCGGUCUGUUCCAACGCACAAAUUAGCUACUCAAUCGAUACUUUAUAGUAAUUUGUAGUUAGCAUUUAUUUUAAUCAAAAUCCGCAUUAAUCUUUGGUGCGGCGCCUAUCGUAGCGCAUAAAAGCAGCGAACAACAGAACGCUUUCACCCGGGAGUGUACUACCUGGCGUACUGCUGGCGUGAUAAAAAGUUUCGUUCAAAUCCUGGACUCGCACAGAUUUACCGAUGGCCAUCAAAGCAGGAAUGGGGAGGAAAUCUUCCAACAAAAAUCCUCCAUUCUUCAGCCAUGAGUUUGUCAUCCAAAAUCAUGCGGACAUUGUGUCGUGCAUUGCGAUGAUCUUCGUCGUAGGAAUAAUGCUUCAGCCGACGCAAUCCCUAGCUAGCACCUUCGUUGCCUUACGCCACAACGUAUCCGGAGCAGAUCCCAGCCAGGAAAACCCCAUGGGCGUGCAGUACCUGUACACGGCCGGAUGGAAAGAUGCUUGUGCGGUGUUUUUCUACACGCUAAUCUGUAUCAUCAUGCACGCUAUACUACAGGAGUAUGUGUUGGAUAAAAUAUCGAAGAAGCUUCACCUGUCCAAGUUCAAACUGUCACGCUUCAAUGAAUCCGGUCAGCUGGUAGUUUUCUACGCAAUGUCCUUCCUGUGGGGUUUGGAUCUGAUUGUGCGCGAACAGUACAUCGGCAAUAUUCAGCGAAUGUGGGAAGGAUACCCCGAUCAUCCGAUGAUCUUCCUGCACAAGAUGUUUUUCAUUAUCCAGCUGGCGUACUACGCGCACUUGCUGCCGGAACUGUACUUCCAAAAGGUGAAGAAAGACGAACAGAAGCCCAAGAUUCAGCACGCUUUAGCUGGUCUGUUCAUCAUCGAAACUGCUUACUUCCUUGGAUUCCAACGUAUCGCGCUCGUCCUUCUGACCCUGCACUAUUUCUGUGAAUUCGUUGCCCACAGCUUCCAGCUGGUGGACAUUGUCGAUAAGGAAGGAAAGUUCGCCAAAUUGCGUCUCGUACACAACGGACUGUUCAUUCUUACCCGUUUUGCAACGAUGGUUCUGUCGUUCCUCACGCUGUUCUACAGCAUCGACAACAUUUCCCAAACCAAGCGCGUCCUGAUGCUGUCCAUGGUGUUCGGAUUGCAGGGCUACCUGUUUUACGACUUUAUCUCCAGCGUACUCCGCUCCAAGCGGGAAAGCUCUACCGAGGAACGCAACGCAAAAGUAACGGUUAGCACAAAUAAGACUGAAAAGCCGAAAAAGCAGAAGAAGAAGGAAAGCGAUCUGCCCGAGGCCGAUCAAAACUCUGCCCAAUCGUCUCCCAAAGCGACGACCACCAGCACGUACAACGUCCGUAAGACGAAAGUAAAGUAAAACGGGCGGGCGGACGGGUAAAAAGCUUCAGAGCUUGCAUCCCUCCCCCUGUUCAUUUUGUUUUUCCAUCCAAUUUUGCUGGUCGCAUUGUUUCCUUCGAAGAAAGAUACAGUAUAGUAACGUUUAAUAGCGAAUCGAACUCAUUGGAAAGCAGCACAGAAAGUGUACACAAUGUGGUGUGUUGUUUGCCGGGCUGUUUCAAGCAGCAAAGCACGGACGCGAACAAAAAUACGGAUCAUUUUUUGUUUUUCGGUUUUUCGUUUUGUUUCUCGGAUCUAAUCUAAUGUCGACAGAUUUUUUCUACUAUUGUUUUGUGCGUCUGCAGGAGGUGAAAAUAUUUGUACAAAGACACUUUCACACAUUGAUUUGCUUUUCGGCUUUAUGACAGUGGAGAUGCAUUUAUCUUAAAGAUAAACGUUCGUAUAGACAGGUGUAGCAAGUGGCGAGAGGUCCUGGAGGGGUUAUUCUAGAUUCUGCCGUUCCCACUUAAGUGUUAAUCAGGUAUUUUUCUGAGCAUAAUUUUGUCCAUUCUUAUACAAAUAAUAACAAUUGCUAACAAAAGACC